AUGGUCAAGGUGCAUCAGCACAGCAGAGACAGCGACCGACUCUCGUGGUUGCUGAAGUCCGUAGGCCGCGUCCACAAUUCCUUGAGUUUGCACACCCGACUCGCGCAUAUACUGGCUGAUGACCUGCAGGACGCCUUCGACCCGAAUGCCAAUGGGAUCCAGAUCUGGGACCACGUGCUGCUUCUCAGUCUUCUGUUAGAGGCGUUCCUCGUGCCGUACAUGCUGACUUUCCAGUCCACGUCGCUGGAGAUUCUCUCCGUUGCUUUUGCACUGGUCGCUGUAUGCGAGGGGGUCUUCUUCGUAGACCUGUACGUGCAAGCGCACACGGGGUACUACCAAGGCGGCAACCUCAUUCGCGACAAGAAGCUGACGGUGCGGAGAUACGUGCUCUCGUUCCAGUUCGUGCUCGACGUCGUCGCCAUUCUACCUUUCAUCAGAAGUCUGGAUGAGUUCUAUUCCAAACGCUUCGUCUUGCUCAAGCUCCUCAAGGUGCUUGUGGCGACGGUGUACGUAGCCCACGUACUCGCAUGCGCUCGCUAUAGUUUCGGCUUUAGCGUGGACGAGGUCGACCAUUGGCAGGCUGAGGACUCGCAACGCACCCACUCUCUCCACGAGCGCUACUUGGGCUCGCUGUUCUGGAGCGUUGGCAUUAUGACGGGGCUGUUUGAAGGGGAACUGCCACACCACAGCACCGAGUUCGUGUUCACGAUUGUGGUCGCGCUGUGCGGGUUCUCAAUGUUCACGGCGCUCUGCACGACGAUUUUUAUCAUCUCAAAGUGCGAGAGCGGCCAGAACGAGGCACUGGAUUCGCGGAUCAACCAACUGAUACACGUGCUGUCCUUCCAUCGCGUCCCCGAGGCGCAGCAGACCCCAGCGAUCGAAUACCUGAAGCGCUACUACAACGAUGCGCAGUCGAAUGACCGGGAGGCCUCACGACUUCUGUGUCCGUCCAUUGCCAGCAACAUCCAAGUGGAGCUUCUCAAGCCCAUGAUCGCUCGGAUGACGGUCUUUAAAGGCUGCAGCGACCAGUUCAUCGUCGCAGUCACGGGGCUGUUAGAGAUGAUCGCGCUGCCGUCGCAGACGACGCUGUUUUCAGUCGGAGACUAUGGCGACGCCCUGUACAUCGUCCAAUCGGGCGCGCUCGCGAUUAUCGUGGACUCGGUCACAGUGCGAGACAUUCGAAAGGGCUCGUGCUUCGGUGAGUUGUCGGUCUUCUCGUCGUUGCCACGAACUGCCACGGUCGUGUCGAUGACGUACGUGAUCCUGUACAAACUGUCUAGGUUUCACUGCGACCGGCUGCUCGAGGGGUACCCGGAUUGUGCGUCUCUUGUCGUUGGUCACGUCCAGAAUGUCCUCGACCAGCUUCAAAACGCUAACAUCAUCGAUGAGAACAGACCGCCAGCCUCAACUACUCGUAACACUACUACUACUACUACUACUACUACUACUACUAGUAAGCCGAUCAGACGUCCGUCAGACAUCUCAUUACGCCCAGGGAUCCGACGGGCAUCCGUUGAAGCUGCCAAUCCCUACGACCACGACUCGGCUCAAGCACUCAUACUUGAGAGCUCUGGGAUUUGGCGGCUGCUGCUGAAAAUGUGCAUCGACCAGCAUUCUGCUCUUCGCAUGUGGUGGCUGCUGAUUCUGCUGUCGAAUAUCGGCUACUUAUGGCUCAUGGUCCCCGUUCAGAUCGUCUUUCCACUGUGGCAACGGCCGUCGUCGCUUGUCCGGGUCAUUGACGGCAUCUCGAACGCUGGGUUCCUCCUCAACGUUGUUUUGACCUUCAAUCUGUCGUUCGUUGUGGACUCCGAGAAAGUUAUGGACACGAGGAAGACCGCCAUGCGAUAUCUUAGAGGCGGUUUUCUCUUCGACCUCUUCUGUGCACUACCAUGGGAGUACGCGUACAUGAAGCGGUAUGGUCUUCUGCGAUCCCCGCGAUUGCUGUCUGUCUUCCACCUGAAAGCGCUUUUGAACGAGAUCUCGCACUUCAUCCCCUUGAACAGCAGAAGGCAGCUCAUGCUGCUUGGAGCCUCGCUAUUCAUGAUGUCUCACGUCGUCACCUGCAUUCACUUUGGCAUUUCGUACCUGGAAGGCUUCAAUCCCAACGAAGAGGAAGCGUGGAUCUCUCCCAUCCAUCUGUGCUUGCGCAGGUUGAACGCCACGCACUUGGAGAGCUGCAAUGGUACGCUUUUCGACGAGGAGUCCGAUCGGGAGGCGCUUCAUUCCAUCACUAUCUGGGGGUACUCGCGCUCGCUGUACUACGCGGUUGCGGUGCUGGUGUCCCCGGGUAAAAGUGUCGAACCUAGCGGCACCGUACAAAUAACUGCAGCUCUUGUGCUGAUGCUUACUGGGUUCCUAUUCACCGCGGUUGUCGUGGAUCACGUGCAAAAGAAGUUUACGGCUUCGGCGUACGAGCAGAGGGAGUUUUUCACCACCAGCUCGAAGAUUCAACUCUUUCUGCGCCAGCAAAAUGCCCCGCUAGUGAUUCACCACCGCGUCAAGUCCUUCCUCGACUACUGGUGGUCCUCGCACCGCGGCGCUCUUCUCGGAGAACUCCUCGCGGAUCUCCCGCGGUCCAUCCGCCUGAACUUGCUAAGGUGUAUUUGUAUUCCUGUGCUGCAAACGCUCGCACUCCUGCAAGGCGUCCGGCCUGUUCUGAAUAGACUCGAAGAAGCCGUGGUGGAGAACGCCAAGUUCAUUCUGUACGGACAAGGAGAGGUGGUGUAUCGCUACGGAGACUACGUCACGGGGAUAUUCUUCCUCCUCGAGGGGGAGGUGUGUGUCGUGGAGGACGGAGUGAAUUCGCGGGAAAUCCCACGCGGAUUUUGCUUCGGCACAACCGCCCUUGCAAGCGAGGGCGAGGGCGGGUACAAGGAGCACGUGAGUGCGAGCAGCGGGUGUAUCUUGCUGUUGAUUUCUCGUGAGCAGCUCAAAGCUAUGGAGUCGAUUUUCCCAGGCUUUAACGCGGCGCUUCUAACACUCGAACAACGGCUUCUAAACAACAAGCGGACUUCGAUCUCCAUCCGAUCUCAGAGCGAUGUGCCUCUACUAGCCCGAGAUAUCAAAAUAGGCCAGCUACAACGUGUCUUCCGUAGCCUGAAAGACGCGGCGACGAGGGUACACGACCCAGACUCGUUGUUCAUUACGGCGUGGGAGGUAUGGAUCUUCGUGGCCAUGACUGUUCAAUGGGCUCUGGUCGUCUUCCAGGCGUGCUUCCCAUUAGAAGCCAGGCACAGUCAAGCGGAUAGUUUGAUGGUAUUUCUGGAGAUUUUAUUUCUCGUGGACAUGCAAAUCCGCUCGCGACUUGGAUUCUACGAGUACGGGAACAAAGUGAUGGACCCUAAGCGCAUCAAGCGCAGGUACUUCAGAUCGUACGCAUUCGUGAUCGAUAUUGCGGCGGUAUUACCGCUGUGCAUUGCGAAUUGGGGCGCUCUGGCACACGAGCGACUGAAUAUCGUCAACGCGAAUAAAUUACUACGGUUGUUGAAAGUGCCCAAGCAGCUACUGAAACUCGAGAAGCGGUAUCUCAAACACACCACCGAGCUGCGGCUGUUCAAGCUGCUCUACUACACCUUCAUGCUGUCACAUUUCCUGGGGUGUAUCUGGUUUAACUUUGCGUCCAAGCUAGCAAUCCCUAGCAGCCUCGACGACGAGCCGACAGCAUUUGGGGACAACGUGUGGCUGCCUUCCAAGCACCUGGAGCAUGGUUCCCUCAUUCUUCAGUACAUGGCCUCAUUGUACUGGUCCUUCGGUCUCAUGUCGGCCUCGAGCGAGCCGGAGUUCCCCAAAACGACAGCGCAAUGCACUUUCAGCGCGUUCACCAUGACCGCCGGGUUCUUCCUGUGUGCCUACGUUAUCGGGAACUUCACCGACAUCAUCGAGCUCCACAGCGCCGAGACCAGGCGGUUCAACGCCACAAUGCGCGCUGUACGCCACAUGCUGCAGUACUUUCGAAUGCCCGACGGCCUGCAGCAGCGCGUGGAGACGUUCCUGUUGUUCAAACGCUACCACACCGUGACACAGGAGAACCUCCUGGUGCACUAUUUGUCGCCGUCGCUGCUGACGGACAUCCGCCUCUUCCACCUCAAACCAAUGCUAGAGCGAGUGGAGUUUCUGGGCGGAAUGGAGGGAUCCAUCACGCGCAUGCUGGUCUCGCAGUUCACGCAGGUUCUGAUCUCUCGCGGUGAGUUCGUCUGCAGAUUCGGCGAUAAAGGCACCGACAUGUUUUUCAUCUUUGCGGGGAUCGUCGAUAAACCGGGGGACGGGUUCUCCAAUUUCUCCAAAGUGAACGAGUUCUCAAGCGGCAACUACUUUGGCGAGUACGGGCUUUUCACGAAUGGCACUCGCACCGCGUACGUCCAGGCGCAGACGUCGUGUAUCCUGUACAAACUUUCGCGCGAGUCGAUGGAGUUGGUGUUUACCAGGUACCCGGAGUGGAAGUGGAAGGUGCUGCGAAUCGUCAGUAUUCACCGAGAGAAGCACCGGCUUCUACUGCAGUCACAGGAGGAGCAGCGGCGAGGGCUGACGACAAUUAUGGGGUUGACCAUGUUCCAAGCGGACAUUAUGAAUGCGCGCGCGGAGCGGGUGCUGUCCAGUGUUGCUCGCGGCGUGCCGGCGCAAAGCCCCUUCCACCUCUUCUGGCUCCGGUUUAUGGUGUUUUGCACCGUGUAUAUUGCCAUUAUCAUCCCGUACCAACUCACGAUCGACCCCAUGGACCGAAUGACAGCCACGACCACAGUUCUGAACGCCCUCGCUCUGCUCUGUGAAGUCGCGUUCGUGGUGGAUGUGUGGUUCAGUUGGCGUGUGAAAGAAUCCAACGCUGCGAUGGAGCUCUAUGAGCAGAAUCUGGCGAGCAUGUACAAGAAGGAGCGCAUGAUCUACGACUUCAUUGCUGCGGUUCCGUUCUACGGCUUCCUCUCAGUCUUCAACUUCAGUCCACGGCUCAAGCUGCUGCGUUGCGUUAAGAUGAUGAAUCUCGUGGGGUAUCUCGACGAGCUAAGCCGCAGCUCCGUUGCCAACGAGCUCGAGGUUUGGGCUCGUGUCUCUUCUCUCUAUCUGCUGGUGAUCUAUUGGGCUGCGUGCGCUUAUCUCGCCGUGGCUAUGGAAAUGGGAUUUGGAUCGGAAUGGGAGUCCUGGCUCCCGUCUAAAGCGCUGGAGGUUUCAGACCCGCAGGAUCCGUCCUCAGCGCAGCUCACCCUCCGCUUCCUGCGCGGACUCUUCUUCGCGACUACGGCGUUCGUCAAGAAGGCGCGCAACAUCGCGCCGGAGUCGGCGUCAGCGUACGCCUUCCAGAUCGUCAUGUCCUUCAUCGGUCUGCUCACCAUGUCGUUCGUCAUUGGCGAGCUCGCGGGUCUCUUCAUCUCGCGCAGUAGCCUGGAAGUGGGCUUCCGAAAGAACCAAAUCGCAGUCAAAUCGUAUCUGGAGCGGGUGCGCGUCAGCGAGAAACUCAAAGCGCGAGCGAGCGCAUUCAUGGCGACGCUUUGGGCUUCGCACGCUGGAUUAAACUACGAUGAACUACUGGCCGACAUGCCGCGAGAGAUUCGAUCAGCGUGCGUGUUGCACGCGGCUAAGAUCCCACUCAGCUGGUUCGUCAUAAAGGUUUUCGCCCCAUUGUGUGGAGAUGAGAACGCCAAAACGGAGGCUUUCACACUCUCGUUGGCUGAGCACCUACACUUUGAGGCCUAUUCGCGCAACGAAGACGUGAUCACGGAGGGUCGCAUCGUGCGGGCCAUGUAUUUUGUCACGAAAGGCUUCUUGAAUAUGCAAAGCAGCUCGCUACUGGACCGACCGGUGGGUCUUCGUGACGGCAGCUACUUUGGGGAGCGAGGACUUUUGAGCUGCACCAUCAGUGCGUACACGGUGACUACCGUACGGUCCUGCGACCUCUUUUCUCUGAGCCCCGAGGCGUUCACUCAGGUGCUCCAAAGGCACGAAUUCUCCCGUCUAGCGCUGGAUGUUUGCAGUCGCGCGCAUAAAGACCUGAAGGCAAAGCGUGUUGCGGAUUGCUCCAGACUCGGCAUGGAGGAGCGUUGGGGAGCUGCACUGCUGGACGCUGUUCAAGAGUUGAAAAAGAGCCGUGCUAUGUCGUGUCAAGCCUCGAGUGGAGAGGAAUCUGCAGAGAAAUGCGCAGCACGAAGCAGCCAGGGACAACAACGACAGACCACAGCAGAGCAAGAUGACCAAAUUCCAACUCUUGGUGCCAGGAAAGGCGAUAAAGUGGGGCCAGUGUUUGAGUCCCUGGAUACAGCCCAAAACUGUAUGGAGGCCUUCACACCCCUGCUUUAUAUCAUGCUGCCCACGGAUCCUCUCGACUGGGAUGCGAGCUUUGCCAAAGUGUGA